GUUAAUGCUUUUUUUUUAAAAAAAAAAAAGCAUAACGAACUAGAUAAAGUAGCUUGCACGUAAAUACGUAAAUUAAUAUUCAGAAUCAUAAUAAAAUACAAAAUCAUGGUUUCAAUAAUAAUUACAAUAAUGACUCUCCUUGGUUUGCAACUUUCUUCGGUUAAUUCUUACGUCCCACGAUUGCAGGCUUAUAGAAUUAGCCGAGAUGGCGAAGCCAAACUUGAUUGUAAUGUUAUUUGUAUUAUAAAAUCUAUUCUUAUUUGUAUUCUACUUUUAUUAUUCUUUGUUCUUACUGUAAUAGUUUUAUGGGAUUGUUAUAUGAGAAAAUUUAAAAAAUAAUAAUUUCAAAGAAUAGAAGAAUGUUUGUUUUCUGUAUUUUAUAAUUAGGUGAUAUAAAG